AUGUCGGGUGCUUCUGGGGCGACGUAUUUCGGACAACCGGCGCUUUAUGGAUUGAUGAAAAAGGUUGAUCUGCCGGAAAGGGAUGAGAGAGAAUUGAAAUCGUCGGAGAAUGCUGGAGAACUGCCUACUGUAGGCGGCUUAUCAACAUGGAUCGCAGUGAACGCAUUCGGUGAAGUCCUUGCAGGCCUUGCCGCUCCUUUGGACAACGUCUUUCCUUCAAAUCUAACUCCGAUUUCAAAAGAAGAACAUGAAAGCAUUCUUCUGGCGCGAACCUUCGCGAUGGAAUGCUCCCUCCGCCACGCGAAGAAGAAACAGAAAGAAAAAGAAAAGGCUCUUCAGCAGCAACAAAUUGCAAGGCAGAGGGCUGUUCAUUUGAUGUGUCGGAUUUACGUCGGAGCGGUUAAUUAUGAAGUUGGAGAAGCUACUGUCAAAACUUCUUUCGAAACCUUCGGUCCAGUGCGAUCAGUAGACAUGAUUUACGACAUCAACACUGGAAGACACAAAGGUUUCGCUUUCGUCGAAUUUGAAACACCAGAAGCUGCACAUUUGGCGUGCGAAGACAUGCAAGGCGCAACUGUUGGAGGAAGAUCGGUGAAAGUUGGAAGAACUUCGAAUAUGGGAAUGGCAGAACACUUUAUCUCGCAAUUCGCUCAAGAAGCCGCUAGGUACAAUCGUAUAUACGUCGCGAGUGUACACGAGAACUUGUCAGACGACGACAUUCGCGCUGUUUUCGAAGCAUUCGGCCGAGUUGUCAGUUGUUCCCUAGUACGAGACGUCAGCGAUCCCGAAACGCACUGCGGCUAUGGCUAUAUCGAGUUCGAGAAUCCAGAAUCAAUGGAAGAAGCGGUCAAGGCGAUGGAUCGCUACGACUUGGGUGGUAAAAUGCUGCGCGUUUGUGCUUGCGUCGUGCCGCCCAGUUUGCAGAACAUCACCACUUCCAACAACAAGGAUUUGAAAGACGAGGACAAACUGAAACCGGCGAUGAUGCUUUCCGAAAUGAUCAAAAGAACUGAAGCGCUUGGAAGAAUGUUGCCAGAUGCGGAGGGCAGUUCGCAGCCGAUGGAAGUUGACCAAAAAGCUAUUGCUGGACCUAAAGGAUCUGCUGCUGCGGAGAAAUCGAUCAACAGCUCGAGCAUCGAAGCGGACGCGCAGAAUGUGACGCUUUCUGGCCAAGAUCAGCGCAAUUUCUUGAUGAACAAGCUUUCAAGAGCCCCUCAAACCAGAGUCCUCGUUUUGCGAAAUAUGCUCAAGGCGGAUGAACUCGACGGAGAGGUUGAGGCGGAAGUGACUGAAGAGUGCGAGAAUUAUGGAAAAGUUACGAAAGUUGUUAUUUAUCAAGAGAGGCAGAGUGCUGAUACCGAUGCUGAAAUCGUUGUCAAGAUAUUUGUUCAAUUCAGUCUUCCACAAGAAGUGCAAACAGCAAUUUCGGCCCUGGACAAGCGCUGGUUCAAUGGCAAUCAAAUUUCCGCGCAAAUCUACGACCAAACUGCCUUCGACAUGAAAGACUACACGGGCUAG